AUGUACAAAGCUUAUUGUCCUACUCAAAAGGUGUGGCAUGAAUUCCAUCCUGUCAAGAAUGACUACCCCGAGCUGAUCACUGGUGCAAUGGAAGAAGCUGGGUCUCUGGAGACAGGAGCGAAUACCCAGGGUCAGAUGGUGAACAGCAAGUGCAGCGAGUUGCCUGAUGCAGCACUGCAGCGUGCACAAUCCAACUGUGAUGGUGUGGAAGAAGCUGAGUAUAUUGCCAAGAACAGAAAGCUCCCGGGAUCCACGUGCUGCUCUCGGGAGUCUCGUGAGGAAACUCCUGGGAGGGAAGAAGUCCGAACUGAUCCGCCUGAUGGCCAGCAAGAUCCAGAGAGUGAAAAAAGCAAAGAAAAAACUUUAGGAAAGGAAGUGCUGUUACUAAUGCAGGCCUUGAACACACUUUCUACUCCAGAAGAAAAGUUGGCAGCUUUGUGCAAAAAGUAUGCUGAUCUGUUGGAGGAGAGCCGGAAUGUUCAAAAGCAAAUGAAGAUUCUGCAGAAGAAACAAGCACAAGUUGUGAAGGAGAAAGUCCACCUGCAGAGCGAGCAUAGCAAGGCCAUUCUGGCACGUAGCAAACUGGAAUCUCUCUGCCGGGAGCUUCAGCGUCACAACAAGACAUUAAAGGAAGAAAAUAUGCAGCAAGCACGUGAGGAGGAAGAAAGACGUAAAGAAGCAACUGCACACUUCCAGAUUACACUGAAUGAGAUUCAGGCUCAACUGGAACAGCACGAUAUACAUAAUGCCAAGCUCCGUCAGGAAAAUAUUGAACUGGGAGAAAAACUGAAGAAGCUCAUUGAGCAGUACGCUUUGCGAGAAGAGCAUAUUGAUAAAGUGUUUAAACAUAAAGAACUGCAGCAGCAACUUGUGGAUGCCAAACUUCAACAAACUACUCAGCUUAUAAAAGAAGCAGAGGAAAAACAUCAGCGAGAAAGAGAGUUUCUUCUAAAAGAAGCUACUGAGUCCAGACACAAAUGUGAACAGAUGAAGCAGCAGGAAGCCCAGCUGAAACAGCAGCUUUCUCUGUACAUGGAUAAAUUUGAAGAAUUCCAGACCACCAUGGCAAAGAGUAAUGAACUCUUUACGACAUUCAGGCAGGAAAUGGAAAAGAUGACGAAGAAGAUUAAGAAACUGGAAAAGGAAACAAUAGUGUGGCGCACAAAAUGGGAAAACAACAACAAGGCUCUUCUGCAAAUGGCCGAGGAGAAAACAGUAAGAGAUAAAGAAUACAAAGGUUUUCAAAUAAAACUGGAGCGUUUGGAGAAGCUUUGCAGAGCUCUUCAGACAGAGAGGAACGAGCUGAACGAGAAGGUGGAAGUCCUUAAGGAACAGGUUUCCCUCCGGGAGGCAGACAUGGAUCUAGCUGUGCAGAUGCUGCAGUCCUGCACGCUCGAUUCCCACAAGGAGCUGGGAACUCCCACUGAUGUGGAAUCAGGGAUCCAACCUGAUGUUGACCCACGCGUAGCAAAUAGCUCUGAAAAGACUGUCUCGACAAGUCCUGUUCCUGGCACUGAAUCUGUUGACUAAAGUGAAGUGUAAACACUGUAUUGAGAGAUAUAUUUUGUGUAUAACUUUCUCUGUUGGUGGUAACUAUUGGUUUUGUGGUGAAAAUUUUCUUACUUUUUCUACCAUAUCUGUAUUUUCUUAGAACUACUGGACUUAUGUGGUACAGGAAGCUGCCUAGCAGCUUUAAAUAGCUUAAACUAUAAAUUUUUCACAACUGUGUUGCACAUCUGCCUCAUUUUUUUAAAAGAAAAUAUUUUUCCAUAAAACGAUGCACGUGUUUCCUCCCCACAACACAAUCACUGUCAUUGAAGACUGUCAGAUGCGACAUUGUUUCAGGGGAUGAUAGUGGCAGCGUGUCACGCUCUUGGUUUGAAGAACAGUAUUUUGUUUCUGUUUAUGGAGUUGCCGCUCAGUGUACUGAUGACUGCCCAUUUCUUCAGUGAGUUGAUUUACAUUGGGAUGUCUGAUGGCCAGUAAAAACUUCAGUUUUCUCCCCUAGUAUAUUUUCAUCUAUAUCAAUGAAAAAGUGUGGGUCCAGAAUAUAGUACAAGUUCUGUUAGGGGAUUCAAUGUACUUUGUGAUGUGGAAAAAAACCAGCUUUGAAACACAUGGAUUUGCAGCUGGUGAUACAGGGUGCGCAACUUCUUGCGGAUUUCUCAGGGUUGUGUUGUACAGGUUGGCUUGGACUAUUUGCCCUGCCUAUGAACAGAUUACAUACAGAUGUGUGAGGAAGUGUUGAACGGUGCUACGGAGGGGAACUUCGCAGUUGUGCAUCCUGUUGGGUAGAUGUUGGUCACAUUCUUCCCUCUGGAGUCCAGCGUGUCCAUAACCAACCAGGUUAUGGAUUUGGGCUAGAGAGAUCUUUGGCCUAUGCGCUUCUCGCUGUCUUACCUGAAGCUGUGGAAAAUGAAUGUUUGCUGCCUGAUUUAUGCAAAGAGAGGAACCUUUGGUGUACAGGCUUCUCUGACUGCCCUGUAUGCUGUGUAUUUCACAUCAGCUGAGUAUUCCGGUUAUWACCGAACAUGUAGACUCGUAUAUUUUUCCCAAAGUACAAUGUGAAGCUUCUUGCAUGCUCAACCUUGAAGCUGUAGCAGUUGGCAGGUGCCUUGCCAGUUACCUGGUAGAGAUGGUACUUCAUCCACUCUGUUCAACAUGGUCCUUUGGUAGCGCUUAAGCCACAUAUCUUUCCAUGGCAAACUUGAUACCUGCGUUUUGAGUUAUCUUCCAAGAGAAACCAGGACCAACAAUUGCUUAUUUUAUUUUGGCAAGGCAAUGUGUUUAAAUAACCAUAAGCUACCCUUAACUUUAGCACACAUGCAGUCGCUGUCUAGUUUUGAUUGCUGUCRUUUUGAUAAGUCUGAAAACGUGUAGCCUUUUCUGGUACUUAAUGUUCUUUGCACUUACUUGGGAGAUUUCCGAGUCGAGCACAUCUCUUAAUGAGCUUCCCACCCUUGUUGCCCUUGACAGUUCAGUGGCUAAAUUUACUUGAAUGUUCAGGCUGCACUGAGYUCCUGAUCCUUUUUCUGUUGUAAUGUACAUUGAAAUAAUGUGGCUGUCUCUUAAAGAGAAUAAAGUUCCGUGGGGCCUAGAAAGGGGAUGUUGACUCGACCUGCUGAAGGGAACAUGCAGACCCGACCCUUCGGAGUUGGGGGAGUGARGGGGGAGAUUCCCGGCUUUCUCGUGGGUUGGUGCAGUGUCUGUACUUGUGGUCCAAGCACGAUGCAGGGUUGGAAAGAAGGGAGCAGGGAGCAGUCAGCCGAGUUGGGCUCGGAGCUUUGAUAUGUUAAUCACAUUAACCGUAUGGCAUGUGUAUUGGAAAGAAGUCUUUCAGUCUUGCUCUCCAAAUGACUUGCUUUGUAGAAUCAAACUGUUUAAAAAUGGUUACUGCAAAAGCUGGUUUUCAGUAACACUAAGCAUGAAAAAAUUUUCCUGAGGGAAAGUGUAAAACUUUGUAUAUGAUGCAUCGUACCCUUGGCAAGGUAGRACAUGCAGUUUUCUAUUUUUACAAUUUAUUAUUUGAACAUUUGUAUCUUUAACAAUUCUUUCUAUCGUGCUUGUUCUAUAUGGAAGUAUGGACCCUGCUGCAAGAAUAUUUCAAAGGGCUUUUAGAGAUAUGUGACAUGUAUAGAACAGCAAUACAAUGUAUUUGUUACUGACUUGAUAUGUAAGCAAAGCGAAUGCCCCAAGUAAGAGGCUUUUAAAAUGGGGAUAUCUUCUCUCUCCUACCUGUGACAUUAUCCACAUCAUAUCAACUUUCCAUCUGGCCAAGGUGAGCUCUACUUUGCUUCCUGAAACCAGUUGAUACUAUUUUGUGAUUUGCUUGAAGAGUGCUGCUUAAAUUAAAAAUAAGAAAAUACAAAUUUUAAAAGGGAAAGUUCAGCGCUCAAACUGAUCUGCCAUACAGCAGGCUAUUGCACUGCCAGUCUGCAGCCAAAUUGGCUCCAGUGGGGUUUUAAGAUAAACUUGUAUUAAUGCCUUUCUUCCACUACCAUGAACUCUUUAACCGGGGCUGUAACUUUACAGAGCCUGAAAUGAGGGUGUCUGAUGGCYGGAACUUGGGGGCCUGACUGAGAGUUUCACCAUGAUUAAGCUGCAAAACUAAAUCCUACGUGAUGCAAGUCCCAAGUCUGUGUGUGUGUACACAAGUGAGUUAGGGCUGUGUCUCUGAUGUGUUGUCCUUCCUCUCAUUACACUUACACCUGGUUACGUUACAGUUCAAUUCUCAGGUGUUGCAGAAAAUCUACCUCUUUGGACUGUAGAUGGAAAUAACUGUGAAAAAAGUGAUGCAGAAAUCUAGUUUGUGCUAAACACACUGCUUUAUUUUUACAACCCAUGUCUGCUUUCAUGA